AUUUCGUUCGUAGGCGUACUAAUAAGAUUUAAGCUAUAUGACGCAUACCUACUCACAUUGAAAUCGAUUUGAUGUCCCCUCACUAAGUUCGGCUAAGAAAUCGUUGAAUUAGCGAACGUCAAAAUUGACGUUUGUUUUGACAGUUUCCAAAGGUUAUGAAGUGUUAAAUGAGGAUUAAAAUAUUAUUUACGCAGCGAAAACUAAUAGGAUUCUGAUAGGAUUUGACCCAAAUACACAAAGUGGUAUAUUUACAGUUUUAUGUAAAGCAAUGUGACGUAUUGGGAUCAAAAAUCUUAUACUAUCAGCAUGCCAACUUUCUUGACUCCUGGCCGGCACGGCUACAGUGUUCGGUUUUCCCGGACAAGGCCGGAUACCUUGGCUGUUGCGACCAGCCAGUAUUAUGGUCUUGCAGGAGGUGGAACUCUAUUUUUCUUAGAGCUAGCUCCUGAUGGAAGCACCAUCAUCGAAGUUCAGAAACUAGAGUGGAGCGAUGGGCUAUUUGAUGUGACAUGGUCAGGGACCACAGAGAGUGCAGCAGCGUGUGGUGCAGGCGACGGAGCCGUCAUAGUGUGGAGGGUUGGUUGUGCGGCCCCUCUGCGGGUAUUGAGGGCACAUACCAGUGAGGUGUGCUCCGUAGACUGGCCAAGGACACAUCUGUUGAGCGCUAGCUGGGAUACUACUAUUAAAUUGUGGGACCCUGAAUCUGAAGCCUGCCUCAGUACUUUCGUGGGUCAUUCUCAGCUGGUUUACACAGCAGCUUUCUCCCCUCAUUCGCCUGCCACCUUCGCCUCUGUGUCAGGAGAUGGUCACCUCAAGUUGUGGACUUGUACUGAACCUUCUAGACCUGCUGCAGUUGUCAAGGCUCAUGAUGCUGAGGUGUUGUCCUGUGAUUGGAGUAGAACGGAGUCACAUGCUCUUGCCACAGCUGGUUCUGAUGGUCUUAUCCGAGGCUGGGACCUGCGGAGACUGACAUCACCCAUGUUUACACUCAAAGGAUGCGAAUGUGCAGUAAGAAGAGUACAGUUUUCCCCUCACGCACCUUCCAUAUUGGCGGCUGGAUCCUACGAUUUUACGACAAGGAUAUGGGACCUCAAACGUGGCUGCGAGCCUCUAGAAACGAUACGACAUCACUCUGAGUUCACAUACGGCUUGGACUGGAACGCGCUGAGGCCUCAUCAGAUCGCGGACUGUGGGUGGGACUCACUAGUCCACGUCUUCACGCCCCGGUCUUUGGCCUGAGACUGUAGUCAAUGAUCCAUUGGAACGUCUGUGAUUAAAUAGAGUGUGUGUGGAGGAAUCGUGCCAAACCAUUGUAGUGUUUAUUGCGAAGACAAUCAGGGUUAUAAUCGCUUGCAAGCGUUCACUCGGUGCAGGUAACGGUGAACAGGGAUAUUGUGGUUUUUGGUGAUAGACAAGAUGUGUAUUGUAAAUUAUUCUUUGUUACUAUUGUAGUAAGGUAGUGGUUUGUUUGAAGUGUCUAUGUUGUAUUUUAACAUUCCUAUUGGCUAUUCUGUGGAGCUUGUCAUUACAAUUAUUUGUUUAUUCUGAUGUUGUUUCAGAAUUAUUGAGGAAAAUAUUCAUAGUAGUGCUCGACGGAGGAUUGGUUUUAGAAAAUUCCAUAAUGCAGAGAUUUCAAUAAUGAUCAAAGUCGUUAAGUCCAGACUAUGCAUAAUUAAGUAAAGAAUAUUCUUUACCAAAACCUCGAAUGUGAUGCAGACUCGUCACUUGAUCUCAUAAUUUUUAAUGGAUACAACUUUUGCUUUAUCUACUGCCGAUAUAUAGCCUCUGAGGCCCUUGUUCUCAUUGCGAUAAGGCUCACCUCAGUGGGUGUUACAUUGUACAUACAUAUGUAGUAUGUAGGACUCAAUAUAUUUUUUUUGUUAAAGGACAUGAUCUUAUGUUUAUGCAUUUGGACUUAUUGGUAAAUAUUGUGAUAUUGUUUAGUAAACUCUUUUUUCAAUGUUCCCCAUACAUUGUAUGGUGCGUUCAUAUUUGACACAUACGCCAUUAGGCAGUGCUUUUAGUAAUUAAUAACUAAACUACUUAUAAUUAUUACAUCAUGUAUAAAUAACUAUGCAGACUGAUUCUAAUACAGUGCAUUUUAAUUUAGGCUUUAUUUUUACUCACUGACAGUUAAUAAUGGCUUGUACUUAUUCGUUACACUUAUAACUUUUUGUGUUUUGAUUUUUUUAUAUUAGUGUAUAAGCAUAUUAUUAUAAUUUAAUUGUGAUGGUGAUACAGUUUCCUUUGAAUUUUCAAUAUAGUUUAUGAUAUUUAUGUUAUUUAAAUACCUAUGUGAUGAACGAAGGUAAUUCUUUUAUACCAAUGGAAGUGAUAAAUAAAUAAAACGAAACGAAAUAUUUCUAUAGUGCAUAAAAUAUGUCUCGUAUGUCAGCAACAUUUGAUGCACGUUGCACCAACACAAAUACCAUGCCGCGCGUCAUGUUGCGUUGCAAUGCCGAUGUUGCAUUGCAAUAUCGAUGUUGCGUUUCAAUGCCGAUGUUGCGUUGAAAUGCCGAUGUUGCGUUGCAAUGCCGAUGUUGCGUCGCAAUGCCGAUGUUACGUUGCAAUGCCGAUGUUGCGUUGCCAUAUCGCUAGAAGUUGUGUAAAACUGCGGAAUGUGUUGCGCGUCAAUUAUUUGUUGCAUAGUAGUAAUAAAGGCUCGCCUUUAUCCUAUACAACACAAUUUUUAAAUGAAUUACUGAAUGGACUAUAUAGGAGCUCCCUAGUGGGGAUUUACUAAUAAAUUUGAUAAUGUCUUUAUUAUAUUAGCAAUUUAUUGCGUAUAGUUUCGUCUUAUGUUUUUUUAGAAACUGCAAUCGAUAUGCUGCUCUCGAUACUUUAAUCGCAAUCGAAUUAUUAUCGAUUUAUAUUAGUGUUUUUUCUAUAUUUAUAUUUUGUAUAUUCAAUUGUAAAUAUUCAGUUUGUAUAUAUUUUAUACUUACUAACUAUUGUAUGAUAUUUCUGAAUUGAAAAUGUACCAAUCUAUUAUAUUGUCUAGCUUGUUGUUAUUGAAUAUUGUAUAGUAUUCACUUAUCUUUAUUCCUGAUGAGAAAAGCCUUGAUUUUGUGAGUUUAAACAACUUCUAAUACUGUAAAGGUCAAUAUUUAUUUAUGACUCCAUUAUUAAGUACUUGUAUUACUUUCUGAAAAGCUGAGGAACUUUAUAUGUGUUACCUAUUACAGGUAAAUUAAUAUGAAUGAAAUAUAUUACUUAAUACUUACUAUAAAUUAAGAAACUGUAAAAUAAUUGCUUUCAAUUUUAUAUAAAUGUAAUCAUGGAACAACAAAAUAGCUUGAUAGAAUUUCAACAACCUAUAUAAUAAGCUUGUGAAACUGGAACACCCUGUUUUUCAUAUGGUUCGUCAUCAACUAUGAAAAUACACAGUUGAAAUCUUUUGCUACAGACUAAUUCGUAACAAAUAAAACAGAAU